AUGACUCCUUCUUUUUCCUUCUUUCAGUCCGGCACAGCUGGGACCCUGGAGGAUCCCCUGCCGGCCCAACCGGACAGACAGGCCGAUCUCCUGGAAUCCUUUGCUGAUGAGAAGCAGCGUGAUCUGUCCAUCCUGCUUCUGGAACUACAGGAGGCCCAGGAAGAGAUCGCCUUCCUAAAGGGGCAGCUUCCCCUCUCGAGCAGCCUGGAAGAUGACGCAGGGCGCUCCCAGGGCAACGACGCCGAGAGGGAGGGAGAAGGGACCGUGGCCAUCCAGAGCGACUCGAGCAGCAGCUCCCUGGUCACUGUGGACAUCCAGGACUCCCCUUCUGUUCUGGGGAUGCUCUUGGGACCGGAGGAGAAUGAAACAUCUCAGGGACCAUCUGCAGACUCCGAGCUGCAGUCGCAGAAAAUAGCCAGGUUGGAGCUGGAAGUCGCUGAACUGCAAAGAAGGCAGCAGGAAGCCACGGAAACCCACCAGAGAGUCUUGGAGGAGAAAACCGCAGAAAUUGGCCAGCUUCAAGAACAGUUGGAGGGCUCAGCCAGGGCCACGCAGGCCCUGGACGCCGAGCAGGACCAGCUCCUGUCCCAGCUGAAGGAACUCUGCUUCCUGGAAGAGCUGAAGGAUCAGCCGGAAGGCAGCCCUGCUGCCCACCCAGAGCUGAAGGAUCAGCUGGAAGGCAGCCCUGCUGCCCACCCAGAGCUGCAGCCUCAGCUGCCCAACUACGAAAGGGGAAUCUCUCACCUGGGCUUGCUGAAGGAGCAGAUUCAGAGCCUGAGGAACGAGGCCCAAUCCAAGGACGUGAAAAUUGUGGCUCUGCAGAAGGACCUGGACGAAGCCCAGCGUCAGCUCUCGGAGCAAGAGAUGGCAGGGAGGAACCUCCUUAGCCAGCUCCAGAAGGAGCAGCAGGACGGCCAAGCCCUGGUUGAACAGGCGCGGGAGGCUUCCGCGAAGGCCGAGGAGCAGUCCCAGGCCCUGGCCUUGAAGGAGCUGGAAGCCGCCAAGCUGGCGACGCUCCUCUCGGAGAACUCCCUGGAGGUGGAGAGGCUCCAGCAGGAAGUGGCGGAACGGGAGCGGAGGAUGGCCGAAGUCAGCGUGGGCAUGUCCGACCGGAUGGUGCAACUCAACGAGGAGAAGUUCGUGCUGGGGAAGGAGCUGAAGAGCGUGAUGGAGCAGCUGAGCGUCCUGCAGCAAGGGAAGGAGACCAGAGGGCAGGCCGUGGAGACGGAGGAGAGAUGGCCGCCGACGGAGGAGUGGCCCACCGACCAAGCCGUGGAAGUUCUAAGGAAGGAGAACGAACUCCUGAGGAAGAAGCUGCAGGCUGCUCUCCUCAGCAGGAAGGAGCUCCUCGCCAGGGUUCGCCAGCUGGAGCAGGAAGGAAAAGGGGAGGAAAAGCUUCCCGCCGAGAGCCAGGAGGGGGUGGCUCAAGAGAAUGAAGGAGGCGGGCCUCCCUCCGUGAGCCAUAGUGGCCAAGGGCAUCCUGUAAGGCGGGGCAGGGCUGCCUCACUGAACCAGCUGCUCUCCGCAAAGGAAGCCGCAUCGCAGGUCAGCCUCGAGGAAGAAGAAUGCACGUGGCUGCGGACUAUGAUUGCCGAGUUGCAGCAGCGUCUGCAGGAGAAGGACCUUCAGAUCAACGCUCUGCAGGCUGAACUCAAAGACCGCCAGUUGUCCCCCGAGAAACAGAGUCCGGUGGAUCAGAAUGUGGAGGGGUCCAGCUCAGCAGAUUCCAGGGAAGGCGGAACAAGCAGCAAAGCUGACCUUGGCCCAGAAGGAGAAAAUAAGACCACCCAAGAAGAGUUUUCGGCACUGGUCCAGGAGAGAGAAGAGCUCCAGAAGAAGCUCCAGGAAGCUCUGGUCUCGCGCAAGGAGACCAUCAAGAAAGCCAAGGAGAAGGAUCGUCAUUAUCGCGAACUGCUAAAGCAGCAGAAGGAGGACUACAACUUGCUACAAGAGCAACUUGAGCAGCAG